AUGUUGUGCCGCAAUCUGCUCAGGCGAGAAGGGGCAGAGCACACGAGGCGGCCGCCCACCCGCAAGGAGGAGGAGGAGGAGGGGCGCCGCCGCAGUGCCCGCCACGACGCAAACACGCAGGGCGCCCAGCACGUGAACAGCGCGAGGGGACGUUAUGCCACGCAACUGCGGCCGCACGGGGCGCAGCCGGCGAAGGCGGCAGCAGAUGAGAGACGCGUCCGCUUUGUUCAGUCGUCGUGGCGUACGCCGCUGCACUUCCGUGCGCCGUUCAGCCGCGGACACACUUGCCCCAGCCGCGACAAACGAGGGGAGAGUGGCGGCACAGUUCCCGCGGGAAGGGCAGCGGCUUCCGCCACUUUGCGGCCACCGCGCCGCCCAGUGAGCCCCACCCAGACACAAGCUUCUUUUUUUUCUUCUAUUUUCGGGCCGCACGCCAUUCACGCAUCGCCGUCUGCCUUCUGCUUCUCCCCACGCCCGCCUGUCCCGCUUAGCGUGUCGCUGCCAGGCAGUGGGUUCUCAGCAGCUCCCUCUGCGCUUCUCUCAUCACCGGGCCGCCCACCACAGCGAGCCCCUGCAUGCAUAAAGGGGGAA